AUGCUGAGAGGUUUCACCAGAGUUGCUUCACUGGCCGUUAAGGCUCAACUUCCAGUUCUACGAAAUGCUCCUCAAGCUAUUCGGGUAGCUCAAGUGAGAUUGAGUCACGUUGAAGUCUUCGGACCUUUCGAUCCACCAAAACAACUCACAUUCAAGGAUGUAGAGAGCCGUGUUUUGAAGGCUAUUCGUGCAUGGGAUCGUUUCCCAGUCGACAAGGAAGCUCAACUCAAGAUUGAUGCUGAUUUUAACAAAGAUUUGGGUUUUGACUCCCUCGAUCAUGUAGAAAUAAUGAUGGCUGUAGAAGAUGAAUUCGGUUUCGAGAUACCUUUGGAAGAUUCGGAAAAAUUGAAGACACCAAAGGAUGUAUUUAAAUAUAUCUGUGAAAGAGAAGAUGUGUAUAACUAG